AUGACCAGAAAUCAGCUACCUCCAACGGAGCAAAAAGGCCAGAUACCCUUUGCUGCGAGUCCGGAUGCUCAGGACAUCGAGUAUGUGAUCCAGCCUCCAGAGACUCAGAAGAACCCCAUAUUUGUCUUUGUCGUCGAUACCUGCUUUGAUGAGGAAGCCGAGUUUCAGUCAUUAAAGGAAACGCUUUUAGUGUCGCUCAAUAUGCUUCCUCCGGACGCUCUCGUCAGUUUCAUAGUGUAUGGAAAGCAUGUCAACGUCUACGAAAUAGGCCGCCAGGAUGUUCAAUCAUUUCAUUCGUUCAGUGGUUCAAAAGAAUACACGCAGCAGGAGGUGGUGAAGAAUUUGGGAGCUAAUGCGGCCAAUAGAUUUGUGCAACCACACGCCAUCUGUGAGUUCAAUCUCAAUUCUCUCAUUGAAACUCUUGAAAAGAACUCAUUUACCACUCCAAAAUACAAUAGAAGAACUCUUGCCACUGGCUGUGCCAUUAAUAUAGCUGUCAGACUUCUUUCACACACCUAUCCGAGAACAGGAGCUCGAAUAAUGCUCUUUUCCGCAGGACCUUGCACUGAAGGUCCUGGUAGAAUUGUGGGAACUCCGUUAAAGGAACCAAUUAGAUCCCAUCAUGAUGUAGAGAAUGAUUCUAAGACAGAGAAAUUGUACAAGGAGAGUUCUGAAUUCUAUACUAGACUUGCCAAGUUGGCGGCACAGAAUGGACACACCAUCGACGUCUUUAUUGGUGCAUACGAUCAGAUUGGACUCAGUGAAAUGGAAGCAUUGGUGGAUAAAACAGGCGGUGUUGUUGUUCAAAGUGAUUCAUUUACCUCUGCGAUCUUCAAGAGGUCUUUACAGAAGUUUUUAACGCCUGAGGAGACUACGGGAAUGCUUAAUUUUGGUCUCAAUGCUACCUUACAGGUAAAGACUACGCGAAACAUCUUGGUUAGAGAUGCUAUUGGUCAUAUGUCACCUUUGAACGUUAAAGGAGAAGGUAGACCGACUGAUUCGUGGAAGCUAGGAGCCAUAUGGGCCCAUUCCACCUAUGGUAUCUUCCUCCAAUUGACAGAUGAAUCAAGACCUAUUGAUAUGUCAGCGAUUCAGUUCAUUACCACUUAUCAACAUCCGGACGGAUCGCGUAGAAUCCAUGUAACUACUGCCCAAAGGCCGACUGCACCGGUGGGAUCGGAAGAUCUCAUCAACAACUUUGAUCAGGAGGCGGCGGCUGUCAUUAUAGCUCGAGAAACCGUACGGAAAUGUGUGGCAAAUAUCAAGGAUGAGUCGUCCGAUGGAGUUAAGAUGAUCGACAGGAUUUUGAUUGACUUGUGCAAGCAUUUUGCCACAUACAGAACAAAUGAUCCGGCAUCGUUUGCUCUUCCCCCGACUCUUAACCUCUUUCCUCAAUUCAUGUACCAUUUGAGAAGAUCACCCUUCAUCCAGAUGUUCAAUAGUUCUCCGGACGAGACUUCUUAUUAUAGACACUGCUUUUUAGCGGAGGAUUGCACCAACAGUCUCAUCAUGAUUCAACCGACAUUGACAUCCUACGAGCUGGACAAGGACCCGGAACCGGUCGUAUUAGAUUCUACUUCGUUGAAACCGGAAAGAACGCUACUCUUGGACACAUUUUUCCACCUUCUCAUUUAUCAUGGCUCUGUUGUAGCUGAAUGGAAGAGACUAGGGUACCAAGAUCAACCGGAUUACGCGUAUUUCAACAAGUUUUUAGAACAGCCGAGACUCGAAGCUGCUGAUAUAUUGGUGGAUCGAUUCCCUCUGCCUAGAUUUAUUGAUACCGAAGAGGGAGGAUCGCAAGCCAGAUUCCUUAUAUCCAGAUUGAGUCCUACCACAUCUUACAGAAAUGUCGAUAGUAUGAUGAAUAUGGCUACAAGUAUUGCUGGAGGAGCAGAUGGAGAAGGAGGAGCAGUCAUCAUGACAGAUGAUGUCAGCUUGCUUACAUUCAUGGAGUAUGUGAAGAAGGUUGUGGCCAAUGCAUAG